AUGUCUUCCAACGCGCAAUCAAGUUCGCAAGCCAGCUCAGCCAAGCCUCGCACACAAAAAGCAGUGCCGCGAGGCUAUAUUGAUCCCAACCGGGACAUCGUGGAAGACCAGGACCUGAUCCAUCAUCUUUAUUUUGAAGACAAUGAUCCUUUCUUCCCUCCAGCCUGGCUGGGAAAGGACUUCCUACUCCCUGAGCGGCGGCCCUCGAAUGAGAGUACAUCCAGCACUGGCUCCAAAGAUGACAAGUGA